UGAUAAUGAAUAUAUCUUUAAAACUUGUAGUAAGUCAACAAAGAAAUAAGAAUUUAAAGUUAAAAAUACUGUCAUCUAUCAUAAUUCAAGUUUCAUAAAAAAUAUUUUAAGUACACAAAUAUUGUUAUAUUUGCCAUAUCUUAAACAUGUGUAUUUGUUGGUAAUUGUAUUGAAGGUAAACCUAAAGUCACCUCUGGUUAAACCUCAAACUAAGGCAUUUAGUGUACUGUAUAUUGGUUUUCUGUUUAGAGUAAUAUCAUCAUUCUUUUGUAAUAUAAUACUACCUGGUUUAAAUCUUUAUUAAAUUGAUCUACAAGUUUAUACAGGUUAAAUACAUAGCAGUGGAUAGACGGGAAGUGACUUGUCAGAUAAGAAACUAAAGAAGUCAAUAUUUUUAAUAUUCUAGCCAGCUGUAUAAAUACCUGGUUACAUUAUGGCUGUUCCUGGAAGAAAGGCAUCUCAGAAACUGUCAUCUACACUAUCUCGAGGUGGUGCUGAAGAUUUUGACAUAUUCUGUGAACAAUGUGACAGAGAUGACAUCAGACUACCUGCCUUUGGUUACUGUGUGGAUUGUGAGGAACAUUUAUGUCAAACUUGCUUUAACACUCACAGACGACCAAAAUCACUACGCCAUCACCAACUUCUAGAUAAAGAUCACAUGCCACAUAAACAAAACCUCCGUAAGUCAUUAAAAUCUACUUCCGGUGGAAAGACAGCUGAUUUGACAAAGUCUUGUCCUAAACAUACAAAUGAAAUUAUCAAGUUUUUUUGUCAUGACCAUAACACACUUAUAUGUAGCGUUUGUGUAACCCUUCAACACACACCAACAUCCUGCCACGUGGACUACAUACCUGAUUUAUCAGGACAGAUUUUAGACAGCACCGAGUUCAAAGAAACUCUAAAGGAUAUUGACAAAUUAACAGACAAAUGUUGCCAGAUUACAAAAAAAUUAAAACAAAGAGUUGACAAAUCAACAAUUUCUCUUAAAGACGCUAUAGUAGAAAUAGAAAACUUUAGAAAAGAGAUAAACAAAAGAUUAGAUGAAUUAGAAAAGGACGUUAAAGAUGCUGCAGGAAAAAUCCAACAUGAAAAUCAAAGAAAGUUGAAAACAACAGAAACAAUGUGUGAUGACAUCAACAAAUCACUCCAAGCAUCAGCUGAUACUCUAAAACAUCUCAACACCAACAAGAAAACUGACCAACUAUUUACUGAAUUGAAAAUAGCUCAGCAACUGAUAUUACACAAUGAAAAUAUAACAAAACAACUACCAACAACCAAUGAUGUUGAUGAAUACAAUUUUGAAUCAAAUCAUGCAAUCAAAAAACUCCUUCAGAAUGAGAAAUCAUUGGGAACAUUGAGAAAAAAGGAACUGAAGCAACCAGCUCAACCAAUAAAUAAGGCUGCUGUACCAAUGAAAAUGUCUACCCCUAGAAACAUCAAUGUUAAAACAUCCUCAGAUAAAGAUAAUUGCUGGAUUACUGGUAUAACUGUCUCUCCUCAGAACCAAUUAUUUGUAGCAGAUUACAAUAAUAACUCAAUUAAAAUGAUAGACAUAAAAAGUGGAGCAAUCAAACAACUACAGCUUGAAUCAAACCCCUGGGAUAUCACCAUAGUGACCAGAGAUACACUUGCUGUUACAUUACCAAACAUUAACACAAUACAGUUCAUUUCCUUCUCCUCAAACUCUCUCUCAUUGAAAAACAAACUGAAAGUAGAUGGAGAGUGCCAUGGAAUAAGCCAUCAUCAGGGGAAACUUGCAGUUACCUUUAUAUAUCCUGCUAAACUCCAAAUCAUGGACUUGAAAGGUAAUAUUAAAAUUACAGUUGAGAAAGAUUCCAAUGGUGACAGUAUUUUCAGUUGCCCUUGGUAUGUCACCACAAACAGCCAUUCAAUCUAUGUAUCUGAUAAAGGCAAAAAUGCAGUUAUAUGGUUUAACUGGCAGGGAGAGAUGAUAGGAAGGAAUGUAGACAUUGUAAGUCCAAGGGGUAUUUCACUGUUAGAUGACGGGUCCUUCUUUGUGAGUGAUUACUGGACUAAUUGUAUAUAUAGAGUAAGUGGUGAUUGUAAAGACAGGACAACUAUACUGGAGAAUGUAGAGGAUCCUCAAGCUGUAUGUUGGUGUGCUGAGACCAGUACACUUUAUUUAAGUACAUACAGCAACAACACAGAGAGUAACAAUAUUAUCAAAAUAUAUAAAAUGAUGUAGAACCAAGCAAUGGUAAUCAAUGCAGACAUAACAAAACAUAUUUAUCAUUACUUUAAGUUUUGAUAAUACACCCAUAAGCAGUUCUUAUUUUGUAUAUGUGCUAAAUAGAAAAUUAUAUUUGUGUA